AUCUGCUCAAUCCAAACACUGGGCGAUUUAAAGACUAUAACUCUUCAACAUUUCGUUGACUAAAGUCUGAAUAUGACUUCAUAAGAGCCUGAAAAAGCCAUCAAAGAAGUCAAACAAAUUGACUGUGUCACAGGUGAUAUAACUUCCUGCAGCGCCGGGACUGGGUAGCUGCUCACUGCAGCUCAUGAACCUCGGCAGAAGACAUUUGGAGAAUUCUAGAAAUUUUACUAUCUAAAUAAGUCAUAGUUCUGGGCACAGAGUCACACAGCUUCACACUGUGAAAUGACACCAUACCCACGGUUCUGCACGGGACACCUGGUGGUAAAUGCUGCACUGCUGAACACAUUAGCCAGUUAAUGGGGCACUUAAAAAAAUGUAGGAGAGCAGGAGCAAGAGGAAGAGCCAAAGUCAAAGGGCAUGGAGGGGGCAGUCAGAAAGAGAGGCUGAGUGUAAAAGUUGAGCAAGUUGAGGAGGGAAAAGAGGCAUGAUGGAGAAGGGGGAGACAACGAGGGGAAGGAGAGGGAGAGGGGUAAACCACCAGAAAGACAUAAAUAGGCGAAAGAGGACUUGGAGCCUCGCAGUCAGUCUUUCAGACGGCCACAUCCACCACUCUCCUCUCCCCUUCUCCUCACCUCCAGCCCUCCUCUCCACUCAUCUGCAUCCCUUCAUUCAUCUGGAAACCUGAGCAAAAAACAGUCGCUAUCCUCUUAAAUAAAGCACUGAUCAGAAUGGACUACCUAAGGAACAAUCUCCACAUCUUCGAGGCACUCUUCCACCUAAUUGUCAUGAUUCUGAAUCUGGACCGGGGGCUUGAUGCCAUGCCUGUUCCCACUGAUGUUCCAAUGUGCACAGCCUCAGAAACGGCACAGUACAGUCUAACCUUCACUGGCAAGUGGACCCCGGCGGCUUUCCCUAAGCAGUAUCCAGUCUACAGGCCCCCAGCACAGUGGUCAAACCUCAUUGGCUUGACUCACAGCUCUGACUACCACAUGUGGCAGCGUAAUGACUUUGCCAGCAACGGUGUGAGGGAGUUUGCAGAGAAAGGCGAGGCCUGGACGCUCAUGAAGGAAGUCGAGGCGGCCGGCGAACGCAUCCAGAGUGUUUAUGGGAUCCUGUCGGCUCCCGCUGUCGUGGGAGGAACGGGCCAGAUGAACACCGAGUUCGAGGUCUCCACCAGGCACUCCUAUCUGUCAUUUAUAGUACGGAUCAUUCCGAGCCCAGACUGGUUUGUAGGUGCGGACGGUGUCAGCCUGUGUGACGGCGACACCUGGAAAGAGAACAUUUCUCUGGACCUUUAUCCAUACGACGCAGGAACUGACAGUGGCUUCACCUUCUCUUCACCAAACUUUGAAACUAUUCCCCAAGACAAAAUCAUGCAGAUCACCUCCUCCUUUCCCAGCCACCCUGCCAACUCUUUUUUCUACCCACGCUUGAAACACCUUCCGCCUAUGGCCAAGGUAACACUGACCAAGGUGAAGAAGACCAAUCAGAUCAUCAGCCUGCCCCUGGAACCCACCCAGUCCAACCUCCUGCCAAUAGGAAAUGAAAUAGAGGAUACGCUUAUCAAUACCCCUCUGGACUGUGAGGUAUCCAUGUGGUCUCCCUGGGGUUUGUGCAAGGGCAAGUGUGGAGACUCAGGUGUGCAGCACCGCACUCGCUACAUCCUCAUGCAUCCUGCCAACAAUGGAGCAGCCUGCCCCCUGUUGGAGGAAGAGAGGAAAUGUUUCCCAGACAAUUGCUUAUGACUAGGCCGGGAAAGGAGGGAGAAAAAGGAGAGGAAAGAGAGGAGGGAGAGAAAAGAAAGGAAAGGCAGAAAAGGAAGGAAGGGACGAAGAAGGAGAAACAACAGUAAAAAGCCUUCGCUAUAUUUACAUUAAAAAGGGAUUCAAAAUCUCUUUCUUCUCUGCCUUGCAAGCAGCUAUGUGUAGGACUUGUGUGAGUCCAUAGGGCUGAAAAGUGCUGAUGGCACCUGGUUUUACGCAGGCCACACACCAAAUGCCCAUAUGUGGCUUGAAGGCUGAUAGUAACUCAUUUUUGGUCACAUGAUUUGUCUACUCCGAACCCAAGGUCUUUUUUUUUUUAUCUCUGCAGCCUAAAUAAACCCACGCAGGGCUGCCUUGACCUGUUGGCUGUGUGGACACUCCCUGUCCUGGGGGAUCGAUUCAGUCUAAUUCUAAGGUCUUUAAAUGUUAAAUGUUAAAAACUCUGACAGCACUAGAGAUUUGUACUUGUACAGUUUAUUUUAGCACAUAGUCAAAACUGGUAAGAAAAGUGUGUAUUUUAGAGAAAAAAUCACAACAAAUAAAAUGUUAAAAAGCUGGAUUUGUUUGACAUAUCUGGAGAACACGCAGAAAUGUUCUGCCUCCCAGCAGCUUCAGUCAAAAAAAAAUUGGGAAUAGAGCAACACUUCAGUCCUCAUAUCCAUGACUUACUGCAUUGGCUAGACUACAGAUGAGUACAUAGACUAAAAACAAUAAUGUUUACAUGAACAUGUGGUUAUUUUCCCGAAGACCAAGAAUAUAUUAUUAACAGGAUUUUAACCUGUGAUGUACAGUAUAUCACCUGAUGUGUCUCCAUAUAUCAUCUGAUUUGUAUUCCUUGAUGUAACUGGGAUUAGUUGAAUGGAGGUAAAUGGUAAAUGGCAGUUAUGGUCAGAGAAGAACCUAAAUUCUACAAAAACAGUAUGUUUUUUCAGUAUGGUCAAUAAAGUGUAAAUAUACCUGAAAA